AUGUGGAUAUCAUACCUUCUGUUGCUGCUGCCAUGGCUGGCUCAUGCAGCGCCCACUUCCGACUCCCUCACUGUCCAGCCUCGCCAAAUCCAAUCAACCUAUUGGUUAUCCCAAAUUCAGAGACAAGGAACAGUGGCUUACUCCUCCACCGACUCUGGCUAUAGAGUGUUCCGCAAUGUCAAAGACUACGGCGCAGCUGGCAAGUCUAAUCCCCUUCAAAGUGAUGGUGUCUCUGAUGAUACUAUCGCUAUCAACGCCGCCAUUUCCGAUGGCCCUCGCUGUGCAUUUCAGUGCGACAGCUCUACCACCUCUCCUGCCAUCAUCUACUUUCCUCCUGGAACAUACCGCGUCUCAGCUCCCAUUGUCCAGCUAUACUAUACCCAAUUUAUCGGCGACGCACUCGACGUACCAACGAUUUCUGCACUGCCAUGGUUCGAAGGCUCGGCGGUCAUUGACACGGAUCCAUAUAUUCCAGGAGGCAAUGGCGCAGAAUGGUACAUAAACCAAAACAACUUCUACCGCCAGAUGCGAAACUUCAACAUCGAUAUAAUGCAAAUGCCGGAAGACAAAGGUGCUGGCAUUCAUUGGCAGGUGGCUCAAGCCACAAGCCUUCAGAACAUCAUCUUCCAUAUGCGUCCUAAGAGCCCCACCAAUAGACAGCAAGGCAUCUUCAUGGACAACGGUUCUGGCGGUGUCAUGAGUGAUCUUGUCUUCAAUGGGGGCAACUAUGGCGCAUUCCUAGGCAACCAGCAAUUUACCACCAGGAAUUUGACAUUUAAUGGCUGCAAUACUGCAGUAUAUGUCAAUUGGGAUUGGCUAUGGACGUUCAAAUCUUUGAAAGUGGACGGCUGUGAUAUUGGUAUUGAUAUGUCUAAUCUUGCUAAUGUCACCAACCAAACUGUCGGGUCAGUUCUGGUCUUGGACGCGGUCAUGACCGAUACUGCCAUUGGCAUCAAGACAUCGUACAAUAUGUCAAGCCUUCCAAGCACCGGGGGCACCCUAGUUCUUCAGAACGUCGAUUUCAGAAGCACACAAGUCGGUGUUGUUGGUGCCAAUGGAGUGGACGUAGUACUUGCAGGAUCUCAACAGGUGCAAGCUUGGUACCAAGGAGAUACAUAUCGCACCAAACCUACCGAGGACAAUCAGCCGGUUCGGCGGGCGGCACAAGAGGAGACCUACUUGCCUUCUCAACCCUGUCCAGCGUCAAGUACGGCUACCACAAUUGUGACCGUCACGGUUGGCCUGCCUUUUACGACACCCAUGCCCGGGUCUGUGUACCAAAAUGGGACCAUUUCUUGGCCCAACACCACCUCCACUCUUCACGCGAGCAACUGCACGGCAACCUCAGAUCCUGCUUCGACCUCACGUGUAUGCACCGGAGACGCUCCAGCGUUGGAAUUUUCUCGACUCCAGAAGAAUGAGACUGCGCCCAAGCUCGCCCAGUCUCUACUCAACGGACAAAUCGUCUUUGAGCGCUCCAGGCCCCAAUAUGAAAACGUGGCUGUCUCGUCUUUCGUCAGUGUCAAGUCUGCCGGUGCAGUGGGAGAUGGCAUCGCCGAUGAUACUACGGCGAUUCAGAACAUCCUGAACUCUGUUACGCCUAAUCAGAUUGUCUACUUUGAUCACGGCGCAUAUGUGAUUACCAGUACGAUUCAAGUUCCAGCGAACAUUCGAAUAACUGGUGAAAUCUGGCCCCUGAUCAUGGCGCAGGGACCAUUCUUCUCGGACAUGGCAAACCCUAAGCCAGUCUUUCGGGUGGGCCUGCCUGGAGACACCGGUUCGGUGGAGCUGUCCGAUUUGAUAUUUGAAACAGCGGGAGCCUUACCCGGCGCGAUCAUGAUGGAGUGGAACGUAGCCGAGGAAUCACAAGGGUCCUGCGCCAUGUGGGAUGUGCAUUUUCGGGUCGGAGGAUCAGCAGGAACCCAAUUGCAGCAAGACACGUGUAUAGCAAAUGUGCCAGGUUCCACAAUAUUCAAACCUGAGUGCGCGGGAUCUUUCUUGAUGCUGCACAUUACUUCGCAAGCCACGGCGUACGUGGAAAAUUGCUGGUUUUGGGUGGCCGACCACGAGCUGGACAUGCCGGCACACAACCAGACCAACAUCUACAACGGCCGGGGACUGCUUGUGGAGAGUCAUGGACCAGUGUGGUUGUAUGGGACGUCAUCCGAGCACCAUCAAUUGUACAACUACCAACUAGAUGGAGCACGCGACGUCUUCAUGGCGACCGUGCAAGCGGAAACAGCGUACAUGCAGUCAGCACCGACUGCUUUGCAAGGAGGGUUUCCGCCUAUUGAAGCGUGGAAUGACCCCGGCUUCGCCGAAUGUACGAAUGAUUUGUGCACAAAGACGUGGGGGUUGAGGGUUUUGGAAUCAGAGAACGUGUAUCUGUAUGGGGCUGGGCUGUACAGCUUCUUCGACAAUUAUCAACAAGACUGUCUCGAAACGGAAUCAUGUCAAGAGAACAUGAUUGACAUUCGAUGUUCGUCCAACAUCAAUUUAUAUGGCAUCACCACCAAGGCAUCAACGAACAUGAUCAACGUCAAUGGACAGACAGUCGUACUUGGACAUGACCACAUGAAUUUGUUCGGUCAGACACUAGCAUCUUUUGAACUAUGAGCAGUGAGUGGCUCUUGAAGUUAGUAGUGCUGCAGGCUGGACGAAGCCAAAAUGAGAUCUUGGGCAAUCUAGGCUUCAGAAGAAAGGAAUAGAGCUCCUCCGGAGACAUUUGAGGCUGAGAGUCCUUGGGAAGGGGACAAUCAUUGUAAAACUGAGAUAACAAGGCAUGUUGUGUGGGUGCAAUAGAGGCAACUGACAGGGUCCCUCGGCCGAGGGGUGGUGACUAGGAAAAGUUUU